AUGCCUAUCUCUCAAUCUUAUUUCUGCUUGCUCCUACAUGAUACAGAUGCAUCCAAACGCACCGCGUCAAAUGGGACAGCCCCUGCGGGCAUCCUGUCCCGAGCCCGCCCGGUGUUCCGGGGUGCUGCCUUGUUGUGUAUGGUGCUGGCCGUGUCGCUGGCUCCAUCUAUCACCUUGUACCACCGGGUCAGGGAGCUGGAGGGGAGGGUGAUGAGGCAAACACGAGACCUGUCGGAGUUGAGGCUGAGGGAGGCGGAGGAGGAGGGGUUAAGGGGUGUCGGGGAGACGGAGGAUGCCCGCUUAUACAUCGGCAGGAAGAUGCUGGCAACCAGCUGUGAAUGUCCUCCAGGCCCAAAGGGUGAACAAGGACCAAGAGGAGAAAGAGGAAGACAAGGAUCGACUGGCAGAAGAGGAGAGAAGGGUGAACGGGGGGAACCCGGCACAGAUGGCGUCUUCGGGGAGGAUGGAGCCGUAGGGGUCAAAGGUGACAAAGGAAAUCCAGGCAUCCCCGGUGAACCAGGCCCAGCUGGUCCUAAGGGUGUGCCCGGAAGUCCUGGUCAACCUGGUAUCGGAGGGCCCCCAGGCCUACCAGGUCCCCAGGGAGUAAGAGGGCAAAAGGGUGUAAAAGGACCCCCUGGACCUCCAGGCCCACAAGGUCCCCCAGGAACAUCCAUGACUGCUGGACUUGCUGCUUCACAGCUUGGUACGUCUACCACUCCCUUGGCAGCCAUUCACCUUCAGGCAAUGCCAGAAGACCUUUAUUCUGGAUUAACUAGACUAGAUCGGUACGGUCACUUGAACUCGUGGUUUAUUAGCACGACAACAGGAGGUUUUUCACUUGGUCGUGAUGGUAACGUAACUGUUCUCUCGGGUGGUCAUUACUUCGUGUAUAGUAGUGUGCUGUUCUACGAUAAGUCGGCUUUCUAUGCUGCUUCCACGAACAUUAAUGGUGAUCCAUUCCUGAAGUGCAUGGGAGUAAGAGGUUCAGCGUUUGCCAGAUUUGGAUCUUGUCAGUCUAGCGGUGUGAUGCUAUUGGAGGCCGGUGACCACGUGGGUGUGGUGUCGUCGUACCCCUCACGAACAGUAGACAUGCGUCCAGACUCUACAUACUUCGGUUUAAUCAAGCUAACGUAGCGUGCUAAUACAAAAUAAAAUCCCUUCUCAAAUUAUGUUUACUCACAAUCCGAACCCAACUUGAACAUAAGCCUUGACUAAGCCAUUUUAUUUCUUUGCGAUACCAAAAAAGCAUUAAAAAUAUUAUGCCGCCGUUUGUUCCUGUCGGCUGUCACCGACCUGACAUUUUGUGUUAUUGUUUUAUAGUUUUUUUUUCGGCGAAGAAAACUGCAUCUUCCAUUUCUAGAGGGUUUUUUUUUAUCAUUCAUCAAGUUUCAAAACGUACAUGUAGAUGAAUGAUAAAUCAAUCAGAUAAACCAGAGGUAUAUGGACCAGAUAAGGGAGAGUUCACAAUAGUGGGAAUUCAGAAACCACGGACAUCCCCCCCCCCCCCACCCACCUACCCAUGUGUGAUAUCAUCAUGUAUCAAGAAUCCUUAAUGCUGCUUUAAAGAUGUAUGCUAAUUUCGACCUUUCCCUCCUAAAAAAAUUGAAGUCUCUCUUCUUCACUUUAUUUGUAGAACAUUCCUCUAUAGAGCACAACUUUCCGUAUUACUUCGUCUUCUUUCUUCUCCUUUUUUCCCUCAUAUAUAGUUCUUCUUUAUCUCAUCAUUUCUAGUAUUAUCUUUUAUAUUAAUUUACAUUAAUCUCUGACCGAAAAAGCGACCAAAUGUGAUUAAUGUUUAUUUCACUUUGCGAUACCAAAAAAGCAUUAAAAAUGUUGUGGCGCCGUUUGUUCCUGUAACGACCUGACAUUUUGUGUUAUAGUUUUUUUUGUUUUUUUUUUCUUCCAUUUAGAGGGUGUUUUUUUUUAAUCUUUCAUCAAGUAUGCAAAAGUACCAAACCUAGAUAAAUGAUAAAUCAAUCAGAUAAACUAUACAGGUAUAUGGACCAGAUAAGGGAGAGUUCACAAUAGUGGGAAUUCAGAAACCACGGACACCCCCCCCCCCCCACCCACCCAUGUGUGAUGUGUGAUACAGAUUUGGAUCUUGUCAGUCUAGCGGUGUGAUGCUAUUGGAGGCCGGUGACCACGUGGGUGUGGUGUCGUCGUACCCCUCACGAACAGUAGACAUGCGUCCAGACUCUACAUAAUGUAUCCCCAUGAUGUAUCAAGAAUCCUUAAUGCUGCUUUAAAGAUGUAUGCUAAUUUCGACAUUUCCCUCCUAAAAUUGAAGUCUCUCUUCUUCACUUUAUUUGUAGAACAUUCCUCUAUAGAGCACAACUUUCCGUAUUACGCGAAGUAAUUUUUUUUUUAUAUAUCGAAGAAAAUAUAGGCCUACCCUAAAUGACGUAUAUAUAAGCCAUACCCUAAGUGGCGUAAAAUCUUUUAUUUAUUACCCUGAAUAUCGGAACAGAACUUGAAGCUGCAAGGUACCCUCUAUUUAAUAAACACACAAAAAUGAGUUGACGCCCAGAUGCAGAAAAUAGACCAUGUCGACGUAUUUUAUGGACGCGCAUGCGUAGCACAAUGUGAUGAGAGAAACCCCCCCCCCCCUCGUCCCCCCCAACACACCCUCACACACACACGCACACCAGUAAUUCACACCCCAUGAUAAUUACAGUUGAUAUACAUGUAUUAACUUUCUCGUUUUCAAAUUAUAGUAAGCGAGGGAUGGGGAUGUGUGAUGCGGCAGAAAUAAAUCUAAUUAGUAUGUCGAUAAUAUCAUAUUCUCGAACUUUAAUGUGAUUAGGGGUCUAACAAUAUGAACAGUAUUAUUUGGAUAUUUCAAGCUCGUACUUAAUAAAUGGCACGUUGCCGCUAAAAUGGGAUGGAAUUAACGUGUCGUAUAGAAAUGUACGGAAGGAGUUUACUACAAUCAAAUUCGAGUGAGAUGCAAUCAAUUUUUAUGAGAUCUGAUUGGUGUACGGCUUUUCAAGAGAUUAAUUUAGCUCUUAGUGAAUCAGAUCCGAGAAUACUAAUACAACUUGGUGAUUGUUAGAAUUAUAUUUUGAGCCCAUCUCCAUUUACUACAUACAUGAAAUGGUAUUAAGAUCUUGUGCCAAAACUAUUUUUUAGGCGACUACACACCAUACAGUAUUUUGUACAUGAUUUAUGUAAAUUUAUUCAAUAAUUUUUAUUAAUAAUGUCAGAGGACUUGGUUUUGUAAGGUCUCUGCGACAUAAAUCAAAAUUAUGUUGUUUAUUCGAUAUUCUAACAACCAUGUAAGCUACGUACACCCAGUAGUGUUUCUCUCGUUGGUACGACUAAAAUUUUGUAAAUAUACUACUUUGUAAAUAUAUUUAAUGACAUAAGGCAUUGGAUUUCUGUUUCUGAGAAACAAGCUGUGUUUAUAUUUGUAGUUAUACAGGUGUUGCAAAUUAACUUUAUUUAAAUGACCAAGUUAUUUGUUAUUUCUACUCAGAGGUAUUCCUAAUUAAGCUCUGUUUUCAAAGUAUGUAUAAUAAAUAAAGACAUCCAAAUGAUAUUUGUCGUUUAUAAUCAAUCAAUUAACAGCUUAAUACAAUAAUCCUUCGCAUCACAAUGUGAUGCGAAGGAUACUUUUGAAAUUAUUGUUUCCUCUUGUCUGCCUCCAUCCAUUUCUCUUGUUUAUAUAUCUUUAACUCCUCUUUCUUCUCCUCUUUCAUUUUUUUAAUAAUCAAUCUUCUACUUCGUAUUCGUCUUUUCUUCCUGCUCAUCUUCUUCUUCAUUUUCUUCUUCUUUCUUUCUUCUUCGUCUUCUUCUUCUUCGUCUUCUUCUUUCUUCUUCUUCUUCUUAGUCUUCUUCUUUCUUCAUCAUCUUCUUCUUUCUUCCUUUGUCUUCUUCUUCCUCUUCUUCUUCUUUCUUUUUCUUUUUCGUUUUCUUUCUUCUUCUUCUUCGUCUUCUUUCUUCUUCUUUCUUCUCCUUUUUUCCCUCAUAUAUAGUUCUUCUUUAUCUCAUCAUUUCUAGUAUAUAUCUUUUAUAUUAAUUUACAUCAAUCUCUGACCGAAAAAGCGACCAAAUGUGAUUAAUGGCAAAAAGUGGUACAUAUUAUAAACACUGUAUUAAUACAUGUACAUCGAAACAUUAAUUUUGUUUUGGUAUAGCAUUUUUACAUUAGUUUGCUUAUCUUAUCACUCCAUGUAUAUAUAAAGUUGUAUUAAACACGGGCAUUUUCAGAAAGAGAA